AUGAAUUUUGUAAUGAAACAAGCGCUCGGAGGCGCUCAGAAGGACCUGAUGGCAAACAUGCCGGGAAAAACUGAAGUCGAUCCAGAAGAAGCUAAACGCCAAGAGGAACAAUUACAGGCGAUGGAAGAUGCUGAGAAAGACAGACAAAAGAAGUGGCAAAAGCAGGAAAAUGCUAGAGAAGGAAUGCGCCAGGGAAUAAGAGACAAGUACUCGAUCAAAAGCCCCGAAGAAAAAGCAGCGGCCGAAGAAGCCGCUCAAAACAUUUCGGUACCGCCUGGACUUCAAGGAAUGGCGGACGAAGAAGCCGUUGACGAGAGCAUCAUGGGACAAGCCGAAAAAAUGAUGGAAGAAACCAAAGCAAAGGCGGCUGAGCUUCAAGAAAUGGCGAUGGAGAAAGUCAACAACUGCAAAGUCUCCUGA